GUGUCUAUGGUCUCGCGACUUCGCUGCUCUUUUCCUACUGCCCUCCGAUUUUGGGGAUUUUCUCUCUCUAGAAGCGUCGCCGCCCUUUCUCUCUCUAGCAAUCUCAUCGUUCGAUCGAUCGAUCAAUCGGUAGGCUCGCUUUCAAACUCAAUUCGCAUGAGAGGGAGAGAACGAAAUAUUUAUCCACAGUUUCUAGGGUUUUUGUUUUUGUUUUGGGUGUUGUUUCUUCGAUUGUAUUCGUUUUCUAGGGUUUGACUUUCGAUACCCUUCUAUGUAUUUGCAAAAUUGCGAGCAUCCAAGCACCAACAAAGAAAUUGGAAUAGUUGUCCGUUGUUUUUGUGUUUAAAAUUCUCGUACUUGUUAUCAGAUCUGUGUUUGAUUGGUUGUGUCAAAUUGUGUUCUUUGGAUUUUGGGUUCUAAAAAUACUAUAAAUAUUGUUCGGAUUGAUUGGGUGAUUUUAGGGUUAGGGUGUUAUUAGAUAAGGAAAUUUGGAGGAGUUUCUAUUGGAGGGUUUUUGUUUGGAGUGUUGGCUUUUGGAUAUAUAUGGCGGCAGGUAGGCAUGGGGUUUAUCAUGACAACGAAUUUAGGGAUCAUGAGUCAGAGGUUGAUGUUUCAAGGCGGGAUUUUUCGUAUUCCAAGGGUGAGUAUGAUAGAAGUAGAAACAAUGAUCAUGACUACGACAGGGGUCGAGGUCGUGACCGAGGGAUGAGGGAUAGGGUUAGGGGUAGACAGAAGGAUGUUAAAGAGAGGGACAUAAUUAAUGGUGGAUACCGUUCUGCUUCGAGUAAGAGUGAUCCGGGUGCUGGUGGUGGUGGUCCAAGACGCUGUGGGUUUUCAGUAAGAGUCAUGGACCGCGAGCCGGGUGAAUUGUCCAGUGAAAGUGGCUCUGAUGAGGCUAUUGAUUCGGAAUCACAGGUUAAACCGAUUGAGGCUUCAAAGGUAGAGAAUGGGGUUCGGUCACCUGUGGGGAGUAAGAAGAGGAAGUUUUCGCCAAUUGUUUGGGACAGAGAUGAUAAGGAAGUUAGCAAUACAUCUAAGAGUAGAAUUGCCCCAGCCACUACCAGACUGCCUCCUCUGCCACUGCUUCCUAAGUCCAACCGUCAGCCACCCAAGAUUAUUCCAGACGGGGCUGUAAAAGUUUCUCCUGUGAAAGCUAGUAACCUUUCAGAAUCUUCACCAGCUAAGUCUCCUGUGGAUCUUGGGUCAUAUGUGGAUGUCGUAUCUGAGUCCCCAGUGGAUUUAUCUACUUCUCCACCUCAGGAGCAGCCAUGGGGUCACUUUCAGGAGACUGAGGAUGAAGUUUACAUCCCGACACGGAAUGUAUCAGCCUCUCGAUGGGCAGGUGAUGUCAAUUCCCCAGCUGACGAACGUGAAAUUUCUGAUGAUGAAGAAAUCCCUAAAAGGAGGAAGAAAAUGUCUCUUUCUGAGUCGGUUGAAAUGAAGGUACGCAGGGAGUCAGCUACUCCUGAGCCUGGGGAACUUAAGAGAGAAGGCUCUGAAGGAACUAGGACGAGGUCAUCUGAAUCUGAUGGAGGUUACCGUGUUAGGUCUUCCAGCAGAGAUGAUUACCCUGCCAGUGAUUCUGACAAGAGUGAUUACAUGGAGAUAGAUGAGGAACGCUAUAGAAAUGACACUAAUGUUAGCCAGUCAGAUACAGAUUCUGAGAAUGAACAUAAUUCUCAUGAUACACCAGAGCUUGCAGUCCCACCACAAAGAACUGUAAACAUGCUUGAGGGGUGUAGAAGUGUUGAUAAGUUUGAGAGACUGAACAAGAUAGAUGAAGGGACUUAUGGGGUUGUUUACAGAGCCAAAGAUAAGAAAACAGGAGAAAUUGUUGCGCUGAAGAAGGUCAAGAUGGAAAAAGAAAGAGAAGGUUUUCCUUUGACCUCAUUGCGGGAAAUAAACAUUCUUCUUUCUUUUCAUCACCCAUCUGUUGUGGAUGUUAAAGAAGUUGUGGUGGGGAGCAAUCUUGAUAGUAUAUUUAUGGUGAUGGAAUACAUGGAGCAUGAUCUUAAGGGAUUGAUGGAAACGAUGAAACAACCUUUUAGUCAGAGUGAAGUUAAAUGUCUAAUGCUUCAACUAUUGGAGGGUGUAAAGUAUCUUCAUGAUAACUGGGUGCUUCACAGGGAUUUGAAGACGUCAAAUUUGCUUUUAAAUAAUCGAGGUGAGUUGAAGAUCUGCGACUAUGGUUUGGCUCGUCAAUAUGGGAGCCCAUUGAAGCCAUAUACUCAUUUGGUGGUGACUUUGUGGUACAGGGCGCCUGAGCUUUUGUUGGGAGCAAAGUCGUAUUCUACAGCAAUUGACAUGUGGUCAUUGGGCUGUAUAAUGGCUGAAAUGUUAUCAAAGGAACCGUUGUUUAAUGGGAAAACAGAGUUUGAUCAGCUUGACAAGAUUUUCAGAAUCCUUGGCACACCAAACGAGACAAAUUGGCCUGGGUUUUCCAAACUUCCUGGAGUUAAGGUGAACUUCGUCAAGCAUCGGUGUAACCUAUUGCGUAAGAAAUUUCCUGCUACAUCUUUCACUGGAUCACCAGUUCUCUCUGAUGCCGGAUUUGACUUGUUGAACAAAUUUCUAACAUAUGACCCUGAGAAGCGAAUUACAGCUGAAGAUGCUCUUAAGCAUGAAUGGUUCCAUGAAGUUCCUCUUCCUAAGUCUAAAGAGUUCAUGCCUACUUUUCCAGCUCAACAUGCACAGGACAGGCGGUUGCGAAGGAUAAUGAAGAGCCCAGAUCCUUUAGAGGAGCAGCGAAGGAAGGAGUUGCAGCAAGGGGAAUUAGGAACUGGUGGGCUGUUUGGCUGAGUGAAAUGAGUUUGUACCUGGAGGCCUUUGAUCUAUGUUUCAGUUUUUUUUUUUUUUCCUCUCAAAUUUACAUGGUUGAGCCAUUGAGGUGAGAGCCAUGCAUUCAAAGGAAGUUGCAAAACAUUGUUUGCGAAGCGAUCAUUCAUGCUGUUUUUUAGCAGGCACCUGUGAACCCCUGGGUGGAGAAACAUAAUUCUAUUGCCUGUUGUGCUGUCAGAUCUGUAGCAGAUUGACUCUGUUUCUCCAGCUUGGCCGUUAUAUUGAAAUGCAUCUCUGACACUGCUUGCAUCGCAAGGUGUGGAAAAAUGGCCUUUUCUUUCACGAGAAGUUUCACUUGAAACUUGUGUAUGUAACAUAUUUUCGUUGGUAUCUUGUAAACAAUUCUCUUAAAAAUUUAGACUUUAGUUUUGAAAUACCAGAAUAAUAUGGAUCUUACUACUUUUAUCAGUUCUAUCCUUUUUAAUCAUUGUAUUGUGUUUGCAAGAGACGGUUGGUGUAAAGCGGAGGGGACGCUCUUACCUUUUCAUUGAAGAAGAAUUUGACCGAAACUAUUCCACAUUGAAGUAUCAAAGCAAGCAGGUUGAGGAGGUUACCUGCACAAACUGGAAUAUAUAGAAUUUCCAAUUAUGUUAACGGUUCUUCAGAAAUUGAUUUUGUUCCUUCAAGCUCAGCAGAGGUACCUUAACAACCCUUGGUUUGUUAUCUUGUGAAUAAUUGACAUGGUCACUGUUUCACUGCUAGAUCUAGUUUCAGUCUUUGGUAUUGUCGUUUUACAUAGUAUAAAAUUAAUACUUAUGAGGCAUCCCUUUUCUUGUCAUCUGUAAGUUCCAUUCAUGACUGCGUGCCCUUGUUAUUGGAGAAUUGUUUCAGCAUGCAUUGUAAAAUUUGAUAGUCCUGAUGUUUGUGGCUCGAUGGCACCUCAGUUUGGUUUUGUAAUUGAAUAGAAGCGAACAGAAUCUGCCAGUUAAAUAUUGUUCAGAAAAAGUUGUGUAUUGAGGGGAGACAAAGUUGCUUUUGCAGACGAUACUACAUCUUUUUAAAAGCAAUAAUAUGACUUCUGUUUGGUGGUAGGUGAAAUAUCAUAGCUUUCGUCCUUUGUAAAUUGACUUGGUACUGUAUCAAUCUCUCUUAGUUGUGAUUCAUUACAAAUUUGUAGUGGUUUUAUGGUUUGUAGUUAUCAUGGAAGAGUGAGGUUUGUAUUUUCCAUCAUUUCAUGCAGUUCUAAUAAUAACUGAAGUAGUGGAAAUUGCCCUGGGUGCA